AACCUGAAUAAAACCAAAAUAGUCAUAUGGGGUUUUCAUUAAGAUAUUAGGGGGUUUUGAUGUUAAUCAUAGCUAGACAAAGCAAUCGACCAAUCCAAGAGGUGGAUAGAGCAAACAAUCCCUUAAUUUUAACUUUCAAAAAACAAGUAACUGACCCUGACAUGGAAACUAGGGACAACAGCAAAUGCUUUAAGUGGCUAUUGAGAAAGUCAUCUCUCGUUCGCUCCAUUGAGGAGGAAGUUGCUAACAAAACAGUCCCGGAAGGGAUCAUUGAUUCAUUGCUACUUAUCGAAGCUAUGGACCGCAAAAUGAAAUUCCCCCCCUCAAACUCCAUGAAGGAGGCCUUUUGCACCGUCGUGGUCCAUUGUACCCUUGCGACACUGAGCCAGCCCUAGCCCUGUUUUUACAAUGCAUUUCAAAGGAUCUGGAAAUUUCAGAUUCUAAGUUUAGAGGAUUUUGGGGAAAGCCAUCUCGUUAGUCCUGAAUUAUCCAAGUGGGGAAAAGACCUCGAAGUUGCUCUUUGGGAUUCUGAGGCCUCUCAAGGGUUGUUGCGGAUCAAUACUCAUGAUGACGCCUUGCAAUGUCUUAGGGUUUAUGUUUAGGAGACCUAAGCCCUGAUGAAGCUGGCCUUCCUUCAGUUGGCUACUGCUCAAGCUAGUGGUCACCCUCGUUGUUUCACUAACGAAGGGAAAGGAAUUUUGAAGGAGAAUCCAAAAAGAUGCAAGUUUGUUUCCCACAGGCACUAUAAAAGACUUAUUAAAAUUGUUGACUUGGAGCAACCGUUUUGUAGCAAAUUUGCUUCAUUAACUGCUGAAGUUAACGAAGUGCAAGAAGCACUUAAGUCCUCCAUUGCUAAAUUGUUAGCUUCAGUAACUGGUCACCUCGCCAAAGUCUUAGAAGUGGCUAAAAAGGUUGCAACUAACAUGGAAAGGAAAAAAUUGCAUACCGAAACCAAUAUAGAAUAUGGCAAUAAGGAUAAGGAAGAUGAUGUUCCUGCAACAUCUGUCAAUCCUACUCAAGCUAAAAGGGUAGAAGGCCACAGUAGAAAAGGUAAAAAGGUUCUUUCUUCAUCUGUCAAUCCUACUAAGGACAAGAGCCAUCCUCCUCCAUCUUUCAAUUCUAUUGUAAAUCCUGCUCCAGCUAAGAAGGGCAAUCACAAAGGUCAAACUUCCAUCCAUUAGAAUGGAGUACCUAAGAAUGCCACUGCUUGCACUUAUGAGGUAUGGAAAGCAUUGGAAACAAAUUUUAAGAACCUUUCCUUUCGUGUUUGUGAACAGAAUUGCUGUAAGUAUUUGACACGUUUAUUUACAGCUAUUUUCCUUGGCCUAUGUACAUUUUAUUAUAAUAUAUUAUAUUUGUUCAGGGUGAUCUCAAGGAUAAAUGGAGGAACAUAAAUGGAGAAUGAUGCUUCAGAUAAAUACUUGUGUCGACUCAUUUAACAUUUUAGGUAGAUAUGUUUACUAGACUGGGUUAACAGUUAGUUUGAGUUGACACUUAACAGUUGUUUUUCUGUAAGGGAAUUGUGUAGAUGUGUUGAGUAGACUGGGUUAACAGUUGUUUUUUUUUUUGAAAAGAAAUUGGGUAUAUAUUCCUCUUCAGGUUUUAAUACGGUCCAUUUUGUGGAGAAAAAGGCCCAAGAGUGGGAGACCCUUGAGAUCAAUCCUGUCCAUUUGAUGUGGCGCCAUUAUAAUUUUUUUAGAUUUUUUUUAGGGAACAUUUUUUAACAUUGAACUUGUUCCUUCUCUCUUUAAUAUAUACCUAUCGAAUUAUGUUGCA